CGGUAACCUUUUGCCAAGGGUCAAACUCCCUCACGGGGAGCGAAUUCUGCCCGAGAUUUGUCCAGGUCACGAGAAACAGCCAGAAUCUAACGGGGUGGAGCAUGAGGUCAAGUUUGAAGUCACUAACCUCGGCCCAGGCCAAAACGAGACGUCCGGAAAGCGUUCUCCGGGGGUGGGUUUCCAUUUGUAGAUCCCUUUGCCUAAGCCCAUCUGCAAAUUUCGGCAUCGCAGCUUUGCAUCUGGGCUUCUGGCCCCUCCCGCUUGCGCCUAUCUUCGGCCAUACGCCAUCGUUUCGAAUAACGCGAACCCUCUUGAGGAAACUCAGCCAUUUUGAUUACCAUUUCUUAUUUCCUGUUUCUGUCCCCAUGAGACAUUUUUGAUUUUAUUUUAUUCCAUUCUAUUGCGUUUCAUUUUUCAUUUUCGUUCAUUCUCUUCCAAUUCUUUUUCUUCUGCCUGGAAGGAAUUAGCCCGAGGACCCGAGGUACACACAUCGCAAGAAAACGUCUGGUCCCUGAUCCUCCCGAUUCCAUUCGGCAAUCUUUGGAUUCAACUACGAGGGAAGUCAUUGGAGGAAGCUUAGUUGAUGGAGAUGGUCUGGGAGCUGAGGAAUAGACCACGGGCAUCUUUU